CACAAAACUGCCUAGUAACGUAAUCUUUGCCCUACUCAUUACUUCACACCAUGACUGCUAUCUCCAGCUCCUGCAGGUCAGGAUUAAUUCGAGCCGCCCUCCUCGGACUUGGAGUUUUUCAACUUCACGGCUUGGUAGAGGGCCAAGAAAUAUCCGACUCACCUCCACCAGACAAGUUUGUGCGCCGAGGAUUUGCAAGAGUGGCACUCAUCGGGGACUACCUUUACAUUGAGGGCGGAGAAGUCUCCCAGCAGGUCGGUGACCAAAACCAGCAGGGAUCCCGAUCAAACUACAUGAACUCAACCCUUUCCAUCGACAUGUCCAAGUCCUGGGACGCCAAAACCGUUCCAAUAAGAAUCAUUGAUAACAAAAUUUCCGGAAAACCUCCGGCCAGAUCGCGGCCUGCAUUCUGGACCAACCAACAGGAUGGAUCAUUUUAUGUCUGGGGUGGUAUGGUCUCCUACAGAAAAGACCGCGUGAUGCCAAAGUUUCCCGAGCUCUACAAGUUUGUGACAGAUGGCUCCGGGGGAGGAAAAUGGUCAAUCGAGACACCGUCAAACCCAGACUUUCUUCGGACGGUGUACCUGACAGAAUUGGCAGCUUCUGCCGCGACGGAUGAAACAGCUUUUAUAUUCGGCGGCCUGGCAGGCGAGUGGACCGACCUGACUGUCGGGUGGGGCAGGACAGAAAUCGCCACAGGCGCCCUGGCGUUCAACAUGAAGACCAAAACUUUUGAAAAACUUGGAUACGAAGAAACAUUGGUGGGCGCGGUAGCCGAGCACAUCCCACAGUUCAACUUUGGCACCAAGAAGCAGGGUGUCAUCUUGAUCAUGGGAGGGUACAUUCCCGAGAAGCGGGUAGAUGGAAACAGUGCAAUUGAUUACAGCUCGGUCUCGAGCCACUUGUUUGAUAACAUUACUAUUUUCGAUCCAGAGACAAGACAAAUGCACUAUCAGACCACCACAGGUCCUACACCCCCAGGUCCCAGGCGGGAGUUUUGCCUGGCAGGCUUUGCUACCAAAGAAGGUGGUUAUGACAUUCUUCUCUUCGGAGGAGAAAGCAAAAGGGAGCCAGAACUCGACUUCCGUUACGAAGACGCAUGGAUCCUCAGCCUGCCAGGCUUCGUCUGGACCAAGGCCCCCAACAUGCCCACCCAGCGAAGAGCAGACCAUCACUGCACCCCAGCGGGAAAACGUCAAGUCAUCAGUGUAGGCGGGACAGCCCCGGGGUGGCGAGAGCCAGAUCCGGCCCCGCAAGGUCUCAUGGUAUUCGACAUGCCGAGCAUGACGUGGCGGUUCAAUUACGAUGCCGACGCGGGCGAUUAUGAGUCCCCUCAAGUCAUCAAGGACUGGUACAAGAAUGGAUCCCUAAGCAAGGUCAAGUGGUCCACUCCAAUACUCCAACAAGUCUUCGCCCCAGACUCCUUCGGCAUCCCUAACCCAGACUCACCUGACCCCAACAGCCAAUCUUCAGGACAAGGUCACUCUAUCGGCGCCAUAGUAGGGGGCGUACUAGGGGGACUCGCAGGCCUAUUAGCUCUAAUUGCCGUAGGCAUCUGGUACUUCUUCUAUCGACCACUGAAGCAAAAGCAAAAGCUGCCCCAGACAGGCUCACAAGAGGCUCUCGCCGCAGGCGACAAGUAUCUGUACACCAGAACGCCUGUGAACAUACCUCUCCAAGAGGCAGAGGCUGGGUGGAAACCAGCUGAGGUCGCUUCCAAUCAUGGGUAUGCCGAGUUGUCAGUGUUUUCGCCCGGCUUGGGCCCUUCACCGAGCGUGAGCCCAGGUCCACCGCAAUACAGCUUUCGACCGGCAGGGCCACAGUCGCCUAUGGAGAUGGAUGGGUAUAGUGAGAGACGGUGAUUGUCCUGUUGCACAGUAAUACGGAUGGAAGAUUCUGUGCAUAGACACACCAAGAUAAUGAAGAAGAGUUAGAUG